AUGUAUAUUGAAAGUUGCAAUAUAUAAUAAAAUUAUUCCACAAAUAAUGCAAAGGAUAAUUAGGAUGUUUGUAACAGUGAAAUAUAAAUCAUAAGCAAAUUAGAUCCUUAAGAAGAAAACAAAAAUGUUUCGUUUGAUAAGAGAAAACUCGAUUCAAAAAUCUGCGGCAUUUCUUUGAAGUCAAACAAGGAUUCUAUCGUAAAUUUAAAGGAGACAUUCUAACUAAUUAAAGAUAAAAAUCCAAUGAAGAUAAGGUUAAUCAAAUAGGCAAACAAAAUAGUUAAAGAAAGGAAAGAUGCAUAUUUGAAUUCAUAACCAAUGAAUUUUAAUCAUUAGUAACAUUGCUAAUUAGAAAAAAUGUCUGAAAAUAAAUAUUAGAUAGAAAUUAAUAAUACAGAGGAAAUGAUAGAAAAAAUUAGAAAAAAUUUAAGUUAACAAAUCCCAAGACUCAGAAGAAAUGGAAAUUCGAUUCUAUCUGACAAUAGAGAUAAAGAAUAUCUUUAUAUUAACCCAAGUAUUGGAAAAUAAUAUAAAUCGUAUGAUGAAAAUGGUCAUCGCUAUCUUAGAAGUGACAUUUUAUACAAUUCAAUAACAAGAGAUAUGAGGAGAUUUUACAUUUAGGACUUUAACGCAGUCACAGAAUUUAUCUUGGAGAAAAAUAAAAAAUGUGACGACCAUUUUUUCAUAUAUUGA